CGCUGUUUCCUCCCAGCCUGGGGUCAGAGGUCAGAGGUCAUCCAGCAGAGGAGAGGAUGCGCUCAUCAUGAAUCUGCACAGACAAGUUGAUGGUGAAGGGGUCAAGCGCAGGACUGUGAUGUCCUUCAGAAACACCCAGAUCAUCAGCAUCAGCGGGUCACUCUCAGCCGCUCGCCCUGGAGCAGAUGAACACAGGCCAUCACCCAGUGAUCUCUCUGGAGGACCAGCCCAUGCUCCUGCAUCCACCAGCAAGAUAUUUUUCUCCGAUCUGGAUGAGAUUCCAGGUUUGGGAGGAGAACCCGAGGAACCCACUCUGGAAGAACGCUGUGCUCAGGCCAUCGAUAACAAAGCUCUGGAGAUCGAGGAGUUGUACAAACAGGACUGCGAGACCUUUGGGAUAGUGGUGAAGAUGCUCCUCUCCAAAGAUCCAACUCUCGAACCAAUGCUUGUGUCAGUGCUGCAUAAGAACCUGGUAGAAAUCGGGGAAAAAUACUUGGAAAAGCUCAGCCAGUUCAUCUCUGAGGUGAAUGCAUUGGUCAAACCGGCCAAACCUAGCCAUGAUGGAUAAACUGACCAUGAAGCACUUUAUCAUGCUUACUCAACUUACAGAAACACCCUAGUUUAGUAGUAAUGUUUGUUUGGUUUUUGCACAUCUUGUCAUGUUAUUCAGCUCAGCUGUCCUUAGCACAUUUGUUAAACUUUUAAUUCAAGAACCACUCUUAACAGUUCAUUGUUUACCUUAAAUUCUGUAUCUUUAAUUAGCUAUACUCAAAGAUAUUGGAUUUUUGCUGUUAUGAGAAUGCAACAUGUUCAUCAUUAAA